GCGCAUUGCGAGAGUGAGGAAGUGACAGACUGUUGCAUAUGCAGUGAGCAGCUGCUGGGAUCCGGUUAGUUUGAUUUAAUGGCUAAAGUGGAGAUCGCCCCUUUGCGAGGCUGGGAUGAUUUCUACCCAGGCUCGGAUCGUUUCGCCAAACCUGACAUGCGAGAUCUGGCGAAAUGGAACAACAGAGUGGUCAGCAACCUCUUGUACUAUCAAACAAACUAUCUGGUGAUGGCAAUCAUUGUAUUCCUCCUUGUAGGGAUUUUGAACCCUGUGAGCAUGUUCACAGGUGCAGCAGUCAUUGCUUCUGUCUUCAUUGGCUCUGUGUGGGCUGGGGAGAACAAGGCGGUUAUUAAAAAAUUCAAGAAGGAGAACCCUGCUUUGUUUGUGUUCCUGGUGAUGGUCGUGAGCUACUUCCUAAUGUCGCUCUUUGGUGGAGUUAUGGUGUUCUUGCUUGGAAUCAAGCUGCCUCUUCUGUUGAUUUUUGCACAUGCGUCGCUUCGCCUACGGAACAUGAAAAACAAACUGGAGAAUAAGAUGGAGAGUGCCGGACUCAAGAAAUCACCCAUGGGAAUCAUACUUGAAGCACUGGGCCAACAAGAAGAGAACCUCAAUAAAAUUCAAGACUUUCUGGAGAGCAAACUCAAGGAGUGAACUCUUACUGAGCUUCUCACCCAUACAUGAAGGAACCGCUUUCAGCUGGCACAAUUUGUGAAAACCACUCCGUUUCUUGUUUAAUUGGCAAUACAAAAAGUAUUUUUCUCCGUGUGUUUUUUCUACUAGGGAAUGAAAAAAAUUGUAUUGAAAAGAAGAGUGUUUUAUAAUGCUUGUUUACAUCUCAGGUCAAAUGUAAGAGGAUGCAAUUCAUAACGUCUUCCAAAGAUUUUCUAUGACCUGUAGGGAAAUGUGUCAUGUGUGCAUAUUUAAAGUGAUAGUGUUCUUCUCUCCCAAAAUGCAUUCAUAUAUUAAUACAAUUUAAAGUAUAACAUAAGAUGUCAUCAGGUUUAUGAUCUUCAAAUGUUCUGCAGUGUGAUAACUGGAAUGCCAUAGCAACUGGAAAUUGCGGAAUUGUUUACUGUUUGCUGUUGUUGAUGUGAACUGUUCAUUGCUGAUGCAACUGCGUUGUAAAAGCAAUAAGCAAUUUGACACCUGCAUUAUAGUGAUUUUGCUGUAGGAAAAGGGGUUUUAGAUGUUUUCACUUCAUGUCUAAGAUCAUCUCUUACCUUUGGAUAAUUACUAUAAUGCACAGACUUUAAUGUCAAAGUUGAAUUUCCUGUAACACUGUCAACCUUAUUUUGCAGUGCUUAAGUGAGCUUUAUUCUUUUAAUGUGCUAUUUGCGUUAUAAACCAGUAUGUUUAUGAUUAUGAUAAAGUAAAAUAAUAUAAUAACAAAUACCAGUUUUUAGUAUCAAGUGGUCUUAACAGACUAAAGUAACUGGAAGUGAAUGACACCGGAAGCUUGAGCUCCAAAUGGCAGCACCUGCUAAUAUGUUCAAAAUAAGGUGAAUGAUCUUAAGUCUAUGCAAAAUGUGUUAAUAAAGUCACACUUUGGUACCAUCAUGUGUUGUUUU